AUGCCUUCGAAACCAAUCGCCGACCCUCCCCUUCAACCCAAAAAGGUGCACGGCGUGACCCGCGAUGACGAGCCAAUUGACGACUACGAGAACGCCAUCCAUUCGAAGCAGCAGGAAGAAGAGGGCUCAGACAGGGGCAAUAUAGCCGCAUCACAUCUAGGAUCAUCGACACGACAUAAAGGUUCUCGGACUCGAUCGCACGGCUCUCGGAAUCGAUCGACCACGGGGCGUGUCUGA